AUGAAAACAAAAAUUGAGAAUGCUAGAGAAAAAAAAGAAAAUUUAGAAUAAGAAGAAUAAAGACUUAUCACUUUAGGUGAAAAGUUUUGCUCUGAAUAUGAUUUAAAAUCAAUAAACUUUAUAACUUAGUUCAUACCAUAAUUUUUAGAAUAUUAUGUUAAAUCUUAAAGAAGAGAUAAAUAUGUCAACCCAUUACCAUUAAUAUCCAUAAGCAAAAGCCCAUUUAGAAAUAUAUUAACUAAGUUCGAUAUGAAUCUAUUAUUUCCAGAUAGAAUAUGGGAAUUUUAAAUGACAGGUAUAUAUCAAUAAUUAUCUCUAAGCAAACUUCUUAGAACAACUCACAAAAUGUUAUUAGGAUUCCAAAUCUUUAUCUUAAAUUCUUUUUCAAAUUAAAUCGGUAUUAUAAGGUGAUUUUGAAAAAUAACCUUAGGAAACUUCAAGUUAUUCUUUAUAACAUCUAUAUAAAAGUAGAAAGACACAAUAAUAGAGGAAUAAUAUACCCUAUACAGAAAUUUAUCAAAUAUAUAAUUAAUAUAAACAAGCUGAGUCACUUAUUGUGCAAAUAGUUCCAAAAUAAUAAUUUACUUUAAACUCAUUAAAUUAACUUCAAACUUUGAAGUAUGUUGAUACUAUGGUAUUCAUUUCUUUGGGAAAUUAUUAAUAUAUUGAAAACCUUAAGGAAUAUAUAGAUCAAUAAGAAUAAGAUCCUUUUUUAUAGGAUGAACUUGCUUUAAUAUAAGAAAUCAAAAAUUAAUCAAAAUAUAAUCAAGUAAAAGUAGGUGAUAAGAUGAUGAUCAACUAAAAUUAUGUUAUUCCAAGGAUAUACAAAAUUAUAAAUUUUUAGAAAGAUUAAUUUGUAUUUAAUUUAAACUAUUAAAAAUGGAUUAAACAAUAAACUUCAAUAAAUUAUGCAAAAAGAGUAUAAGUAUAGAAUGAAUUAAAAGGGUCUUACUUUUUAUUGAAAAGAUACUUAUUUACUCCUAAUUUUUAAUAAUAUAGGAAUUUAUUAAAAAAUAUUAAGAGUGAAAGAUUCACAAUAAAUAUGGAAUAAUUUGAAGCUAUUUCAAAAGAAGGUGAUACAAUAUUAAUUGGUAGAAGUGGAACUGGUAAAACUACAAUCUCAUUAUUGAAAUUAUUUAUCACUGAUGCAAUAUUUAUGUUGAGAUAGAAUCUAGAUCUUGUUAAGGAAUCUAAUUCUAAAAUUAAUUUAUAAUAUAAUAAUUAAUUAUCAACUGGAAUAUAAUUGAAAACUUUAUUUUUAACAUCCAGUCCUUUGUUAGCUUAAUAAAUUAAAUAGAAAUAUGAAAAUCUAGUUAAAAAUGUUGAAGAGACCUUAAAACAAAAGAAUAGAGUAUAAAAGUUUUCAGAUUAGUUCAAAGAAAACUUAGAUGAAAGUACAGUUCAAAUUUUGGAUGUAUUAGAUAAAGAAGAUGAAAAUGAAAAUGAAAGUUAAUUUGAAAUAGAAGAUGAAGAUGAAAAUGAAGAAGAUAUUGAUUAAUAUGAAAAAGAGAUGGGUUAGUUUUAAACUAUUUCUGAUAUUAAAUCUUUUCCUGCAUUUCUCACAAUCAGAAAAUUAUUAUUUCUAAUUGAUUCUUAAUUAAAUAACCCUUUCUUUAAAAAUAAAGAACAGAUUCAUAGAUCAGCCUAAUGGCAUAAUGAAUAUUUUGGAGUACUUUCUUUGAAUUAAAAUAUUUCUAAUAAUAAUUUUUCAGAUCAAUUAGAUACUGAAAUUAAUGAACUAGACUAGAAAGAAAUCAUAUUUCUUAAUAAUAAUUUAAAAGAAGUUACAUUAGAAUGCUUUAAAGAUUUUUUUUGGCCUAAAAUCAUGAGGCAAUUUGGAUGGAAUGAAAAAUAAAGCUUAAAUUCAUUAGAUCCUAUGAUAGUUUGGUCAGAUAUAAUUACAAUUAUCAAAGGUAGCGAAAAAUCAUUUCAUUAUCCAAAUUAUCAUCUUAAAUUAUAGGAUUAUAAUUCAAAUUUUAAAUAUGGUUGCAAUUUAAAUUGUGAUAAGGUAUUUAAUAUAUUUUUAAUUUAUGAAAAAUUAAAAUCAAAAUAUGGUUAUUAUGAUAUACUUGAUCUGAUUAAUCAUAUUAAUUAUUAAUAAGUCUAUUGUUUUGAUAAUAUUGAAUAUAUGCAUUAUAUCAUACUUGAUGAACUUUAAGAUGUACCUAAAGCUUUAUUGAUUCUACUUAAUAGAAUGACACAAGUUUAAUUAUUUUUAGCUGGAGAUAAUGCUUAAAAUAUAGUUAAAGGAAUUGGAAUGAAAUUUAAAGAUAUUGUAAGUUGUCUUGAAAAAGAAAAAUAAUAAAAAUAAUCUAUUAAAUUAACUAAAACUACACUAAUCUAAUUAUCAUAUAACUUUAGAUCAACUAAUUAAAUAUUAUAAUUGGGUAAUACUUUAGUUAAUGCUCUUGAAAUAUUUUUCCCAAAUUAUCUUGAUUUUUUACAAAAAGAAAAAUCAAAUUAAUAAGGACCAAAACCUACUAUAAUUUAAAGUAUUUAUAAUCAAGACUUGUUAAAUUAUUUAUUUAAAAAAUAUUAAAAUAAAUAAAGUAAUGUGGAAUUUGGUUAUAAUUCUGUAAUUAUUGUAAAAGAUUAAGAAUCUAAAUUAAAAAUUCCAAUAGAAUUAUAGAAUGCAAUAAUUUUAACUAUUUAUGAAGCUAAAGGAUUAGAAUUUGAUGAUGUUAUAUUAUUUAAUUUUUUUGCUGAUUCCAAUGAAGAAUAAAAUGCAUGGAAUUUAUUUUAAUAAUUACAAAUUGUUAAAAUCAAAAAGGAUAAAAAUGAAUGGAAUUCUAAAUGUAUUAAUGUAUAUAUAAUAUUUAGGUAAUUAAAAAUCUUAUUUAAUGCACAAAAAUAUCAGUAAACAUGAAGUAGAAUUGACAAUCUUAGAAUUAAGAAAACCUAAUCCAAAUAAAAAGUAGAAUGCACAAACAUUAAAUCCAAACAAAAUUAAUCUAACACUAUAACAUGAAUUAAAAUAGUUAUAUGUAGCUAUAACACGUCCUAAAAAAAGAUUAAUAAUCUUUGAUUAAUCUUUAUAAAAUAGAUUUUAUAUAUAAAAGAUUUGGGAAGAGUUAGAUCUUGUGGAAGUAAUUCAUGAAUAGUAAAUCUAAGAUUUUAAAUUUGUAUUAUCCUUUUCAAUUGAUAAUAAGGCUAAUUGGAAAAAGUAAGGAUAUAGAAUGUUAAGAUAGAAUAAUUACGAAUAAGCUUAAAAAUGUUUUAUGCUUGCAAAUGAAAUUGAAUUAGCAAAUAAGUCUUUGGCUUAUAAUUUAGCUACUUAAGCUACUCUUAGUUCAAAUAAUUUUGGAUUAUUUAUUUAAGCAGCAGAGAUCUUUGAAAAUAUAAACCUAUUAAAAAGAGCAGCAUCUUGUUAUUUUUCUGGAUAAAAAUAUUAGAAAGCCUUUUAAUUAUAUGAAUAAUUAAGUUGUAAAAAUGAAAUGGCAGAAUCAGCAUAUUUUGCAGGAUAAUAUUAAAUUGCAGGUUAAAUAUUUUCAGAAUUAGGUGAAGUCAGAAGAUCUAUUGAAUGUUUUAAUAAAUAAAAACUUUGGAAUAUUUCAUUAGAUCAAUUAAAAUUAAACAAAGAUUAGUUUACACCUGAGGAAAAAUUAAUGUUCUUAAAUCUUAUAAUUCCAAAAUAUUUGAAAGAAAUAACUGAAGAUAUUGAAAAAGAAGAAUUAUUAAUAUAAUAAAAUGAAUAAAUUAUUAAUCCUAAUGAUGAAACUGAAAGUUUUUAAGUAGAAAAUUCACUUCUUAAUUAAAGUUAGAUGACAUAAUAAAUAAAAAAUGAUAUUGAUGUUCUUGAAGAUUCUUAAUCAUUUUAAGUUGUAAAGGAAGAUUCACUUGAUCAUUUAUCUAUUUUUGAUCCAGAUGAUGAAUGGAUAAAACCAGAUAAUAAAUCUCUAAUUAAAUCUAUUGCAUCUUCAAGUAUAGAAUCAUAAUUUUCAAAUGUUUUAUUAAUGAAUUAACCUUCAAAUUAACCUUUACUCAAAUCUAGAUUAAAUAUAUUUAUGAAAAAUAAUAUUAUGUUGAAAUUAGCUGAAAGAUUUUAAUAGUUUUAUGAUGAAUUUAAACUUUUAUUAGAAAAUUAAAAAAGUUAAUGUGCAUUACUUUCAUUUAGAAAUUAAGAUGAAAAAGAAUUAGAUCAUAUGAUUAAUUUUUUAUAUGAUUUAGAGAAUUUUGAUAUAGAAGCUGUAUACUUUGUUUUAGAUAUUUUGGAACAUUUUCAAAGUUAUAAAUUAUGUAUAUAUGUUUGCAAUUAGUUCAAAUUAUCAUCUCAUUUAGGUAGAUAUUUAGUCUCGUUAGCAUCCUAAUAUACACCAAUUGCAAAAAACAAUUUCAAAUUAGAAAAUUGGAUUAUUGGGAACAAUCUUAAAAGAAAACGUUUAUUAGAUUAAUCAAUGCUAGCUUAAAUUGUUUUCACUAAUAUUUUAGAAUCAAUUAAUCCAAUUUAUUUAAAAUUUAAAUAUGAAGAAUAACUCAACUCUUUUAAUAGUUUUGGAAUAGAAUGUUAUAAAUAAUUAAUAGGAUUAGGAUAUUGGAGAACAAUAAUUUAUUAAUUAGACUAUGAAAAUGCCUUUAAAUUAUGUCAAUCAUUUAAUAAUUAUUAAGAUUUGGUAAUACUUAUAGAAAAAGUUAAAGAUUAAAGAGAGACAAAAUAACUAACAAAUGAAGAAUAAUUUUAAUUAAUUAAAUAUAACUAUUUCAUUUAAGUAGAGUAAUAUUUCCUAACAAAUUAAUCUACUAAGAUCAAUAUUGAUUAAAUAUUUGAAAUUACCAUUUAAAGCACUACCAAUAGAAUAUUAACUAAAGAAAAUAUAAUUCAAUUAAUAAAUAACUCAAAAUUAGAUAAAGAAGAUCUCACUUAUUAAGAGAAGCUUAAAUAAAUAGAAUCAAUAAUAUUAUGUAUGUUUUGUAGUAUGGGUAUUUUAAAAUUUGAAAUAGAUUAAUAAUAUAAUUCUAUUAUUGAUUUAAUUCAAAAGCAAUAAUAUUGCAUAAAUCAAUUAGGUUUUAUUCAUAAUAAAUCUAAUAUUAUUGAAGCACUCUAAUUCUUAUUCAAAUUUUCUUUUCCUAAUGGAGAUAUUAUGAUUGAUUACUCAUAAUAUUGUAUUAUCCACAUAACAUCGAAACUAAUAAAAUAUGUUAAUGAUCAAAUGAUCUUUAUGGAUAUAGCAUAUGAAUAUAUUGCAAUACCUUUUGAAACCUUAGGUAAACUUAUUAAAUAAUACUUUUGUAAUUUUAAACCAAUGAUUACAUUAAGUUAAUCUAUAUAAAACAUUUAAGAUCAAUAAGAAAUGAAACAAAUAUUUAAAUGUUUAAAUUAAAGAUUAUAAUAUUAAUAUGAGAAUAUUUUACCACGUCUAACUUUGCCAUUAAAUGAGCAAAUAGAUUAUUUUUCAAAAGUAGCUUAUGGUAUAAGACAGAAGAACCUUGCGAAUUCAAUUGAUGAUCAUGAAUCUUCAAUUUUGCAUUUUACUAAGUCUGAUGAAAUGAGAACUGUUCAUAAAUGGUUAUUAUAAACAAAUUUCAGAUUUAAUAAAAUAGAUAAAUAAAUUAAAUAUUAUUUAAAAAAUGAAAGUAUACUUUUAUUAGAAUAAGGUUUAAAGAAUCAAUUUUAGAAACAUGGUUUUAUUAUUUUAGCAUUAAACUUAUUACACUUAUAAGAUAAUUUGCCAUUUGCAAUAUUUACAUUAUAAAAUAUAAAAGAUAAAGAAGUAUCAUAAUAUUAUUUAAAAUAUCUUGAAUUUUUAGAAUGCUAAAAUUUCAAUAUUAUUGAAGAUUCAUUUGAAUGCUUUAUAGAAUAUAGUUAAUAUUUUGAAGAUAAAAUGUAUUUAGAUGAAUGGAUCAAUCAUUUAAUAAGAAUUGGUAUAAAAAUACUUUUAGCUCAGUCAGGAAUAAAAUCAAUUAUUAUUCCUUUAAAAUAUUAAGAAAUUAUAUCUUGUUAAUAAAACUUUGAUUAGCCUCUUUUCAAAAUAACUAGACCUGAAAUUAUUUUAGAAUUUAUAGAAUAACUAUAGUAUUUUAUAGAAACAUGUAAUUCUGAGCAUUAUGAAUAUUUAUGUAAUUUGCUUCUCAUAGUCUUCAUAAUAAAUUUAUAAAAUCUCACUGAUGUAAUAAAAGAAAGACUAUUACAAAUUUUUAGUAAUAAUUCUACAUAUCAAUAUUAUCAAAAGUUACACUAAUGUCUCAUCUAAAAGUAGCCAAAUUUAUAAUAAGAAUUGAUCAAUAAAAUGGAUGUUCUAUUUAUCAAAGGAUAAUUUGAAGAAAAGUUAAUUACAAGAUAAAUUAAUUAAAAAGCUGAAAAUGUAAAUUCUUAAAUAGUAUAUUAAAAUUGUUUAAGUAAAUGGGAAAGCUAUUUUUUAGAAGCUUAGGAAAUUUAAAAAAAUGGAAUGAAUUUAUUAAAGAAAUGGAGAUGUUUUAAAAUUCAACACAAAAAAAUGAAUCUAUUCAAAAAUUAAAAGAUUCCUUUAGUUAUUAGAUUUUAUUAAUUCCAUUAAUUCUAAAUAAAGGAUAUUAAAUAUUAAUAUAAAGAUACCUAACACGAAAGUAUUAUAGUGAAAAUAUAUAAUUUUUAAGAGUAUUUUAUUAUUUAUAUUUAGGGAGCUCUUGAAAUUGAGAUAAAAAAUGUUAAGAGGAGCUGAUCUUUAAUUUAUUAAUUAGAUUUUAAAUAACUCUACAAAUUUAGUUAAAGAAAUAAAGAAUGGUCUCCUACAAGUUGAUCUUUUUGAAGAACUAAAAUUAAAGUAUUAAAAUUGGAAAGAUACUACUAAUACAUUCGAAAAAAAUGAAUAAGAACUAGUAGAAAGGAAUAGAUAAAUACUCAAAUUGAAAUGGUAGAAAUUAUAAGCAGGAGUAAAAGUACAAAAUAAGUUUGACUCAAAGUGCAUUAAAACUGUAGAAGAACAUUUAGAUGAAGAAUCUCAAGAUUGA